AACUUUCUUCUUUUCCCCCCACAAAUGUCUUUUCUUUCCUUCAUUACCAAUUUAUUAAUCCCUUUCACCCUUUAUCUUCCUCUCUCUCAUUUCUCUGUUAUAUAAAGUAUAAACCUCAAAAGGGGUCUCUAAUUCAACUCCAAUUUAAAUUCCCACAACCCCACUUCAUUUCCAGCACCUUAAUUCCAAGGUGUUUCGAUUUCAACCUCUUGGGUUGAUGAAAUGAUGCAUCGGUUUUCAUUGGUGAUUCUUGUGCUGACAAUAUGUGGUGUGAGAUGCAGAAUGGCGAAAGCAGAAGAGAAUGUGUACACGCUGGCUUCGGUGAGGGAGGAUUUGAUUAGGCAAGAGGAUACCAUCGUUUAUGGUCUUAUUGAGAGAGCCAAGUUUCCUUCCAAUUCUCAUACCUAUGAUGAGAAGUAUGCUCAAAUCCCUGGCUUUUAUGGCUCAUUGGUGGAGUUUGUUGUUAAAAAUACUGAGGACGUUCAAGCUAAGGCUGGGAGAUACACAAACCCUGAAGAAAACCCCUUCUUCCCUGAAAAUUUACCACCAUCAAGUGUGCCAUCCUACCCCUUCUCACAGUUUUUGCAUCCUGGAGCUGCUUCAAUUAACAUAAACAAGUCCGUCUGGAAAAUGUAUUUGCGAGAUUUACUUCCAUUGCUUGCUACUUCGGGUGAUGAUGGCAAUUAUGCGCAAACUGCUGCUGCUGAUCUUUCAUUACUGCAGGCUAUCUCAAGAAGGAUUCACUAUGGAAAGUUUGUGGCUGAGGUGAAAUUCCGGGAUGCUCCUCAAGACUACGAGCCUUUAAUUCGAGCAAAGGAUAGAGAAGGUUUGAUGAAAUUGUUGACAUUUACGAGCGUUGAAGAGACAGUGAGGAAGAGGGUUGAAAAGAAGGCCACAGUGUUUGGUCAGGAAGUAAGUCUUGACAGUGAUAAUGAUGGCAAUGGAAAAAGUAAGUUUGAUCCAACAGUGGCUUCUCGUUUGUACAAAAAUUGGGUGAUACCUCUCACCAAAGAGGUUCAGGUUGAGUACCUCUUGCGCCGUGUAGACUGAAGGCAUUUGAAUCAAGUUAGAGUUUAGAAGAACAAAAGAUUAAUAUGAUAUUGUUCCAUUGAUUAAGUAAGCUCUUAAUGAAGUGAUCCUUACCAAUUUCAUGCAA